AUGUCAGUUUUUAUUUAAGGAAUAUUUUGAAUGAGGUUUAUUUCUAUUUCUAUUGUGGUAUUGGUAAUUUUCCUUACGUAACGUUAAAUGUUUGUAGCUAGCUAGUGGGGGAAUUACAGUAUAUACAGUAUUUAGGGGCUUAAUGAACCUCGGAUGGGUCACCUGGGCAACGGUCUCUGAUUGUUGAAAGAUCUCAAACACCCAAUGACCUCAGGAAACAUCACUGAUGAUGUAUGAUGUCGCAAAGCACUUUUUUUUUUUACAUAUCUGCAUAAAUUAGAACUAUUGAUUAUUACAUCACGGCAUUCUGACUCCUUAGAUUAAAAUUCAUAUAUAACUGACAGUUCAGUUCGCCUGCUGAAACAGACAGACAAGUACAGUUUGACCUUCAGUUUUAAGUGUUGGAAACAGUUAGCAAGAUGUUUGCACUGUGUCGUUUUCAGAAGAAGAAACCUGUGGAAAGUAUUGUGGCACAUGAGAGCCAACAGCGCCCCGGCUCUCAUGAGAGUGUUGCUGCCACCACUCCAGCUUCAGCCACGUCUGCUGAGGCUGGAAAGCAGACUAAGAUCAAGAAGGUUCCUUGGAGGAACCGGCUCUUCGGUCACCCUGAGAAGAAGGAAACCAAGGAGGUCGAGGAAGGAAAGGAGAGCACUUGUGAGCCAAAACCAAAGGCCACAAAGACUCGUUGGUGGCGUCGGCUCCUCACAUGCUGCAAGAGAAAACAUCGGGUCGCUCCGGCUGCAACCAGCGACGAAGAAAAGGAGAAGAAAGAAGAAAAGAAGAUCAGAAGCUCUCCAGCCGGAAACUGUCACCUGGACGAGGUCGUGGCAUUCAGUGUCGCUGUUGAAGAGUUCCUCCAGUCAACUGAGUUGCCCAACCUCAACCCGUUGACGGUACAGCUCCUCCAUGCUCAGUUUAGCAGCACCAAAGGGAGUCAAGUUGGUGUUGGUGAUGGUGUCAGGGGGAGCACCAUCAACCACUUCGGCUUUCCAAAUCUUGGUCAGAGUUGUUACAUCAACUCCAGCCUGCAAAGCCUCCUCACGCUGGAGGACUUUGUCUCUGAUGUAAGCCGCCAAGAUUUGGUCUGGAGUUCAUUCCCUGAGGCCCGACUGAUGAGAACCUUCAUGGCCAUCAGAGAUGCCCGCGCGUCCACAAGCGCCCAAAGUAAAGUCCGCCUCCUCCGCUCAUUCAAGGAGGCGGUCUCUGCCCAGGCUCCAGAGUUCAGGGAUCAUCAGCAGAAAGACGCUCAUGAAUUCCUGACCUCGGUCCUGGACCAGAUGAGGAGCCUGUCUCCCCUGCUGCAGGAGACUGCUGCCAACAUGGGCACUAAGUACACGUGCCCUGUUGAAGAUCACCUGGUGUUCAAGAUGGAGAACACCAGGACAUGCAGCAGGUGUGGCGCUCAGUCCAGAAGGCAGGAGGAGUUCACUAACCUGUCUCUGGACUUGGUUCCUGGUGGCUCCGUGGAGAAGAUGCUGGAGGAGUACCAGAAGGAGACAGCGUUGGACUACAAGUGCGAGUGUGGAGGGAGCGAAUCGAGCCAGAAGCCGGCCUUUGAGACCCUGCCAAGUGUGCUCAUCCUCCACAUAAAGCGCUUCCGCUUCACCCCUUCCUGGCAGCUGGUGAAGGUGCGUGACCCCGUCAUGCUGACCAGGGAGCUGGUGGUGUCCUCCAAACAGGGUGGCAGCUGCUACAGCCUGGUCAGCACCGUCAGUCAUCUAGGGGCAUCAGGAGACAAAGGACACUACAUCUGUGACGGCGUCCAUCCUGAUGAGCGUCCGGACACGACAACUGACCGCUGGCUCACCUUCAAUGAUGCAGCGGUCAGUGAGACAACUGGCGUGUCCGUGUGUAGGGAGCGGCAGAAAUCAGCCUACAUCCUUUUCUACAAGAGACAGGUGUAGAACAGGGUGUAGGGCGGAAGGAGCAGCGACCUGAACGCACCAGGGGCCAAAUGAAGAGCGUGUGAGGAUCGUCAUCAUCCACUCCAGAGGAGCAGCUGCGGUAAGAGAGGAGAGAUGAUGGACGAGGAGCCGACGUGACCAGGAGCAGCCGGAGGAUCCCCCAGCCCAUAGGAGGAUGGGCCCCCCGAGAGCCUGGUUCCUCCCAAGGUUUCUUCCUCUCUGAGGGAGUUUUUUCUUGCCGCUGUCGCCUCACAUGCUGUGUUAAUACACCAGCAUCUGGCUUGCUCUCGGGGGACAACUGUAAAAAGAAAGCAAGGAGACCAAAGAGGUUGUGGAAGGAAAGGAGAGGUAAGAAACCUCAUCCUGAUUUUUUUUUUUUUACUAUCUCUUUUAGUUUAGUGAAGGAUUUUUCUGAGUAGUAUCGUAACACUGGUACCCAAUCUGGGGCUCAGGGCCCCUCUGAUGGGUCACAAGAUAAAGCAAAUGAUUAGUGACAAAGGACAGAAAGAAAAAAAUGAUUGUCCCACUACAUAAAUGUAUUUUCUAUGAUUUAUUCAUAUAAUGUAUUUCUCUUUAGCACUUGUGAGCCAAAACCAAAGGCUACAAAGACUCCUUGGUGGCGUCGGCUCCUCACAUGCUGCAAG